AUGUUUCUUUCAGCUGCUCGUGUUGCCGUAACGCGCACCGUACCUCGUGCAGUACGAUCUUUGGGAUCCUCUUCAAACUUUGCCGCCUUGAGGCAGAGGGCUCCUGCAGUCUACACAUUGCGACACUUCUCUUCUCCACCGGCCUUCCUUAAUGAGAGCGAAGUCGUUGAACGUAUCAUGGGGGUUGUCAAAAAUUUUGAUCAAGUGGAUCCUAGCAAGGUAACCGCCGAGACCAAAUUCGCUGAUGACUUGGGACUUGAUUCCUUGGAUAUUGUGGAAGUCGUCAUGGCCAUCGAGGACGAAUUUGCCAUUGAAAUUCCAGACACUGAAGCGGAUGCCAUUGCCAGCAUUGGUGAUGCUGCCGAGUACAUUUCAAAGCACCCCAUGGCCAAAUAA